GUGCGGCCUGCGGGCAGCGUUGCCGCCAUGGCCGGGGAGGUGAAAACGAAGCUGUCCAAGAACCUCCUGCGCAUGAAGCCCUUUCGGGAUGACAGCUUUCCGGGCUUCUCCUUUGCAACCCCGCCUGGGAGAGGCGGGUUCGGAGAUUCCCUUCUGUUCCAUCAAUCCUCAGGAUGCUGCCGGGGAUCCCGGGGGUGCUGAAUCGUGGUUCAUGCAAAGGGGGUUGGAUUCACAAACUAAAAAACAACUAGAAGAGGAAGAAAAGAAGAUAAUAAGUGAAGAACACUGGUAUCUUGAUUUACCAGAUCUAAAGGAGAAAGAGAGCUUUAUAAUAGAAGAGAGGAGCUUCAUGCCCUGUGAGGAUCUACUUUAUGGCAGAAUGUCCUUCAAAGGAUUCAAUCCAGAAGUUGAGAAGUUAAUGAUCCAAAUGAACUCUAAAUACAAGGAAGAAGAGAUUGAAGAGGAUAACAAAAUGGAAGCUGAUGUGUCAGAUGAAGAAAUGGCCAGAAGAUAUGAAACAUUAGUGGGAACAAUAGGGAAGAAAUUCUUGAGAAAGAGAGACCAGCGUGUACUCCAGGAUGAAGAUGAGGACGGGAAUAGUAACACAAGACCUAUCAAGAAAGCUAAGAAAAAGUUCUUAAAACCUCAGGAUUAAUGUCAGCUGCAUAAGUGGAGCUAAUAGAGAUGUUAUCUACCAAAUAUAGUACCACAGGCUGGAGACUGUUUGAAGUUUUUGCUGUGUAAUUUUUAUUUUUAAUGCAAAGGAUAGAUGUGUAAAUCUGUGUCUUUCUUCAUUGAAAUUUCUACCAUCCACAUGACAUUUUUCAGAGUGGAUGUGUAUAUAAUGGAUGUCAUACAUCCUUUCCUCUCUCAGCAGCUUUCAAUAUGUGGGGCACUAAUCCCAUCAGCCUUUUUAAAUGCUGUGCAUAACUAGAUUGAGUGUCACAUGCAAUUGAGAGCAACAUUAUUUACAAUUUAUGAUAACAUCUGAAAAAGUAUUUGGAGUAAAGACAAGCUCUGUCCAAUCCAGUAAGGCAGUUCAGCUUUUACUGUCUUUUAAUUAUGAAAAUUAAAACCUUUGCUUAAAACAUGUUGUUUGGUUGUUUUUUUUUUUACUAUGCUAAAAAUAGGAUGAGAAAAGAAUAAGGAGAAAAUCCAUUUUAUUGAAUUUUAUUUUUUAUGAAGCCUAUUUAAAAAUAGAUGGGUUUGUAGUAGAACUCUUUUUUUAUAGAUGAAACCAAAUAUUGGGAAAUGUUUACAGUUUGACAUUUGAGCAGAUUGCAAGUCUUAGUUUCUGGCUUCCAAAAGAAGUUUGCUAAUCUUGUCUCUCAGCAAAAAAAAAAAGAAAAAGAUGCAAUCUUAUAAUUAUCUAUGUCUUGUCAUAAAAGCAUAAUAACGGCUUCAGAAACAUAUUUGAAAGCUGAAUAAAAACUGUUGGGGCGGGGUUUUGUGGUUAAUGAUUGUGGUUUAACUAAUU